AGUCUGUGAGAGUCACAUUUCUUAUUUGGACCAGUGUAGACAGGAGUAAGCCCAGCUCACCUGUUUCCUGGGACAGUUAAGGGAUGGCUUUCGCAGAGCAUUCACCGCUGACCCCUCACAGUCGGGACCUCUGUAGCCGCUCUAUCUGGCUAGCAAGGAAGAUUCGUUCAGACCUGACUGCUCUUACGGAAUCUUAUGUGAAGCAUCAGGGCCUGAACAAGAACAUCAACCUGGAUUCUGUGGAUGGGGUGCCAGUGGCAAGCACUGAUCAGUGGAGUGAGCUGACCGAGGCAGAGCGACUCCAAGAGAACCUUCAAGCUUAUCGUACCUUCCAUGUUUUGUUGGCCAGGCUUUUAGAAGACCAGCAGGUGCAUUUUACCCCAACCAAAGGUGACUUCCAUCAAGCUAUACAUACCCUUCUUCUCCAGGUUGCUGCCUUUGCAUACCAGAUAGAGGAGUUAAUGAUACUCCUGGAAUACAAGAUUCCCCACAAUGAGGCUGAUGGGAUGCCUCUUAGUUUUGGAGAUGGUGGUCUCUUUGAGAAGAAGCUGUGGGGCCUAAAGGUGCUGCAGGAACUUUCACAGUGGACAGUGAGGUCCAUCCAUGACCUUCGUGUCAUUUCUUCUCAUCAGACUGGGAUCCCAGCACGUGGGAGCCAUUAUAUUGCUAACAACAAGAAAAUGUAGCAGUUAGUCCCUUCUCCCUUGCUUUCUCUUCUAAUGGAAUAUAGGUAGUUACCUGGGGCCUCGCUUUCGCAUCUUAAAUUUUUGAAAACGAUUAAGACUACAGGCAUUUUCUUUCUUUUUUCUCUGACCACCUGCAGCCUGUUGAAGGACUACAGGCAUUUUCAUCAAGUAACAUUGGAAACACACAAAUGGGCAUACAAGUUUAGCCUGGGUGGGUGUGAUUGUGUGCGCGCGUGCAUGUGCUGCAGGUCUAAGAGUGGGAGCAGGGACAGCGUCCUUUCACUUCAGGGUUCUAAUCUUUCUAACCCACUAAGUAACCUCUACAGGCAUUUAACAGCCUUACAGACAGAAUGUACGUAUGUUAAUUCUAGUUCUGGAUGACUCGGUCUGAGAAGAUUCAAUUUAAAAUCAGACUCUAGCCGAUUUAAACUCUUAAGAGAAUAAAAAUAAUAAUGGCUAACUUUUAUUAUCUACUAUAUUGAGGCAAUAUGUCAAGGGUCUUUAUGUAUAUUAUGUACAGCUUUUACAACCUUGUGAACAAGGUGGUGUUGCUCCCAUUCGGCAGAUGAGAAAACAGGCUCACAGAGAUUUGGUUAAGCUCACACAGCUAACAAGUGGCACACUGAGUUUGAACACAGAUCAUUCGUGUAAAGCCUAUGUGCCUUGCACUUUAGAGGCUUGAUGAUGAAUCACUGCAACUCUUUGUCACAGGGUGUUGGAAGAUGCAUCCAUGUAAUCUGUUCCCGUCGCUGGAAAACAGCUGCCAUUAGAUGUCCUCAGAAGUCAGUUGCGAAUUUUAGCGUUAAAGUCAGGAUUUGUUUUUCAUACUUGGCAGUGAAGAGGGCAGCUGGAGAUCUUAAGAUUCCAUUUUGGAAAAUGAUUAGGCCCACCACACUUCUGAGCUUUGGAAGCUGGGGAUGUUUAGUAAUACAGCCUGGUUUUAAAGUGCUCACUAAAUGUUCUCGAAUAUUGGGUUGGGCACAGCUUAUACCAGGUUACCUCACUUUUAAUUAGUAAGGCAGGCAGUGUAACCCAAGCAUUUGUGGACAAUGAGUGGAAUACUAAAGUUAAAAAGUCAUCAAACUUUCACCUCAAAUUAUCUGGACUUAGUCAUGAGGAGAGGCUGAGGCCCACUCUGUUCCUACUGGAGAUACCAGAGACUCUGGAACUAUACAGUAAAGCUUCUGUGCUGGGCAACAAAGGAGGAGGCUCUGCUUUUAAUUUCUUGUAAGAAGCACACAUAGUAUGAAAGGUUGGUCAAUGUGGACAUUAAUGGAAAAGGCCAUGUACUGGUGGUGCAAUGUGAAUCCAAAAAUUUUCAAGUGUGUCUGUUUUAUGCUUAUCAAUUAAAACUCAAGAUCAUG